CAUAGCAGGAAGAUAACUGUUCGUCUCGUCUGCCGUACUGUAGCUAACAGGCAGCAGCAAAAUCGGUUGCCGCUUAUCCCACUCGCAUCACAACAAACGGUCUCACGAAGGGAUGGGGGGUUCCUAACAACUGGUUUGUUAGAUAUAAUUCACGAAAGAGCGGCAUAUUCCAACAGACAGUAACCAUGGUGUCUUGGAUUAUCUCAAGGAUAGUGGUCCUUGCCUUCGGGACGCUCUACCCUGCCUACUCCUCCUACAAGGCCGUCAAGACAAAGAACGUGAAGGAAUACGUGAAGUGGAUGAUGUACUGGAUCGUCUUUGCACUCUUCACUACAGCAGAGACGAUAACAGACCUGGUGAUGUCGUGGUUCCCCUUCUACUUCGAGCUGAAGAUCGCCUUUGUCAUCUGGCUGCUGUCCCCCUACACCAAGGGCUCCAGUGUGCUCUAUCGCAAGUUCGUCCACCCCACCCUGUCCAACAAGGAGAAGGAGAUAGAUGAGUACAUCACCCAGGCGAAGGACAGGAGUUAUGAGACCAUGAUGAAGUUUGGGAAGAGGGGCCUGAACCUGGCUGCCAACGCAGCUGUAACGGCUGCGGCCAAGGGGCAGGGUGUGCUGUCAGACAAGCUGCGCAGUUUCAGCAUGCAGGACCUGACUCUGAUUGGCUCAGAGGACGAGCUGGGGCUGGGCAUGAGGAGAGACCCUCUGGAGGACCUGGGGUCUGGAGCAAACACCCUGCCACGCACCAAGACUACCUCACGUCAGACUCGCUCCUCCUCUGCAGCUCCGCUUCCUGAUGAGGCUUCGCAGCAUAGCUCUGACCAAUCAGACACCAGGACGGAGCUCUCUGACGAGGAUCUGGCAGAGAAGGCCCCCCGACGCACGGCCAGCGUCAAGACGACCAAGAAACCAGCUGCUGCUAAGACUGAGACUCAGACCAAGACGGUGAAGAAACAGCCCAAGAAGAAGAUUGUGGCGUCUGCAGGCCCCAGCGCAGAGUCACCCUGAGACCCCGCCUCCCGCCUCCUCCUCCCUUCUCCUCCAGCCUCACAGGACCCCACCUCCUCCACCAGCCUCAC